CAUGACGAUGGCGAAGACGAUCGCACUGGUUGUUUUCCUUGUUGAGGAAGUUGUAUUUUUGGCGCGAUAGCCCUAUUGGACAGAAGCCUUUGCCGCUUUGUUUCGGGAGCGGACGACGCUCUGUCGUCUGCUGUGCGGUUUAAAGGGAUACGAAUGUUAACGAUGGCAAUGUUGAUCAUGAAAAUGAGCGAGAGUUUAGUAAAGAAAGAGAAAACGUCGUUUCGAAACCCAACAAAUUAUUGGCAACGCGUGUGUCUACUAUUGCCUCGCUUUGCAAUUUCGCAUUGCAGAAUAUAUGAUCUAUAUGAAUAAUUUUUCAGGUCUACUCUUUGCAUUGCCUGACCUUUUCAUAUUGCUCCAUUGACUGUUUUUAGCGAGUACGAAAUGAGUCUUUUAUCGUCAUUUAUGUUACUGAUGACUCUUUUCCCUAUUAUGUUUUUGUAUUUAAAAACUUAGCUUCUCAAGUUAAUUUCCUUACUCACAGCAGUGAAGGGGCGUGUGAAGCUCCUCAACAGCCGAGGAAGUCACAGCGAAAAAAACGGUUGACGAAGAGAGCGAUAGUGGUGACGACGACCGUGGCACUAAGAGCAGCAGCAACAGAUAGGUAUCUUCGGUAGUGGUCGCAGUGUGGAUGUUGGUGGUGACCGGUUGGACUUCGGUUGCUGCUGUCGGAACGGCACACGAUUUAGGUCAGUAUUGAGUUGCGGGGCCGUUUGUUCGGCAGCCGUCAGUGAGCCACAAGAAAAAAGCGGAGGUCGAUGGCGGUAGUGGCGUAAGCCACUACGUGUGCCUACAGUGGAUUGGAGUGCAGUACUGAAAAUCGUGAACGCCAUUUCAGGCCGAAUACAGAAUGUCAUCUGGUGCUGGCAACGAUCAGCGAUAUGUGAUUAGAGACUCAUCGUUGAAGAGAUAAACGACGCGAGUUUGCAUCGGUCGUCUUCGCUUGAAUCGCUGGGGUUUGAUGCUAUCGCUGCAUUGUUCCGGAACGAGAUUUAGGCCGAUGGCAUAGCUCAUAUCUCGUGGAGUUGUCGUUGUUAUUCUUGUUGUCGUGCCUGUUCGCCAUUUAUGGUGUUUGUAGAGAAAUCCUAAAACAGCAUGGACGUAACGCGGAAGGAGUUUGCGUUGAGAAAGACCGAACUUGAGACUAACAUUAAAGAAUGCUGCUUCGCAGCAAUCGACAGUGAAUUUACUGGACUUGCGCCACCUCGAGCGUUUCACCCUCUUGACACAGCUGCCGAGCGUUAUAGUAAACUUCGAAAAGAAAUUUCGAACUAUCUUAUAGUCCAGCUGGGUUUGUCUCUCUUUACAUACGACGAGCAGACUGGAUCAUAUGCUGUCAAAACCUACAAUUUCUAUGUAUUUCCAGAUGGCGCAGAUCAUGAGAAAUUCAUGAGCGAUUCUGGGUGUAUUAAGUUUCUACUACAACAUGGUUUUGAUUUCAACCGCUGUGUUCUGGAAGGAUUGCCCUUCAUGAGACCGGCAGAAUUUGAGGACCGCAAGGCAGAGCUUAAGGCCCGACAACGAUCGGAACUCCAAAAAAUUAUUCCAGAUUGUUACUUAUCGGAGAUAGAUAAUGUGCUCGAUGGAACUAUAGGAUGCGAUGAGAUUCAGAAAGCCACCCAACCGCCAAACAUUGUAAGAAUAACAGAAGCUUCAGCAGAAGAAUAUGUUACGGCUAACUGGUCAUCCAUUAACAAGUGGAUAAAGAGCAAGGAACCGGAAUUGGUUCUUCCGCCGUGCAGUGAGCUAGUUCGCCUCCCUUUCUAUGAACACAUGGAACGUGUAUUCUUCAACGCCCAUUUCGACAUGGAAGCAAUGCGACCUGAACUUAAGGAACAGACGCAGCCGGGCCUGAGAAAGAUCCGCUUGUUUCGCUCUGAAAGUACGCCAACGGAUCGGCUUUUGACUCGUCACAAAAAAGAGCGACAGGAACUUAAUGAACGGUUGGGCAUUAGCUCUGUAUUAAAUUUCGUGGCUAAAUCGCAGAAACCCGUCGUAUUACAUAACUGCGUACAUGAUUUAUUACUUAUCAUCUCGCAGUUUUUUGCGCCAUUACCUGAAAAGUACGUUGAAUUUCAGGCGCUUUGCAACGAGAUUUUCCCUAAUUUGUUUGACACGAAAUUUAUGGUGCAAUUUGGGACGUUAAAGCAGUAUUUCCGCGGCACACGAUUAAUCGACGUUUACAACCAAAUUAAGAACCAGCAAAAAAUUUUCUCCAUGCCACGGGUAAACGUUUGCGAUGGAUAUGGGUAUGCUGAUGAAACGAGAGAGCACGAGGCGGGAUACGAUGCUUGGAUUACUGGAUACAUAUUCGCCGCGUUAUCUCAAUUCCUCUUGCCGAACAAAAAAAACAAUUUUAGUAAGCUGAAUGUCACUCAUUCAAGUAUAGUUCCGUUUAGAAAUAAAAUCCCAUUCGCUUCAUCGCUAGACAUCACCUGUUUUACCAUUGAUCCAACAAUUCAAGAAGAUUCAUUAAACAGAAGCAGCGUAUUCGUCGUUGAGUGGGAGGAGCAUGAACAUGCGUCGUACGCCCGAGCUCUUGUAGCCCAGGUGGGCGGCUUUAAGAAGAUUGGCUACGGAGAAAACGUCCUAACGUUUAUACCAAACAAUCCAAAAUCAUGUUUUGAAAUGCUCAAAACUGCCCACGAGCUCCCGCGUCAAUGUCGUUUCUACAAGUACAGUACGCGAUUUCAAAAAGUUCCAUUAUUCGCUUCUGUGAAAAGAAAUAUUUCUCCCGAAAGUCAGACUAUCUCAAUGGAGACGACAUCUUUAAUGAAAAAGUACUCGGGUAUUCCAGUUACCAACCUCCGCCAAAGUCCUCCUUCUAAUACAGGCGAGUGGACCCAGGUUGGAGCACGCUCCCCUGGUAAUAAAAAGCGUCGGAUAGACGAUGCUAACUGGGGAGAUUGUCGACAAGACGCGGCCGUCGCCGAGACGGAUUGGUAGGGGAACAAGCUAUUUUUGGCAAUAAUCGUUUUGCUUGCGAUAGCAAGCAUGUUGUUAAAGUGAUUUUCGCCCUUUCCGGAAGCCCGCCAACCUUAAACAAGUUCACAUUUAUAACCCAUAAUUAUACCAAUAGAGUAUAUAUAUAUAUAUAUAACAUGACAAAUUAAAUUGAAACGCAACAGAACCGCCUGCACGCAUUUCAAUGAAAAUCGACGGUGUUUAUCGUCGUCCUUCCACAAUCAGUUUAUUCUAUUAUAAAUAUCAAUCAAUACAUAGAUCACCGUAAAGCAAUUGAGAUCUCCCGUAUUGAUUGAAAUUAGCGUUUAAUGUUUUUCGCUUUCUUUUCCUUGUGUCAGUACGCGUUUGCAUUGUCUGAAAGUACAGAUUAUGUAACUUUGUCAAAUCUACUGUCCACUUUUUUCAGUACAACUUCGAAGUAAAGUGGUGCGUGUUCAAGUGAACAAGUUUUGCGUGUUUGCGCUUAUAAUGCUUAUAUGUACAUAUGUGCUGAGAAUGUGUAUUGUAAAGUGUAUGAACGGCUUGGUUUGCGUGCUUAUCGUUUUGUGGACCAUUCGUGGUUAAGAAUUAUAAUUAUAAUUAUUAUUACUAUCUACUGCUGUUUUUUUAUUGUACUCAUUUGUAUUACUGUUCUGUGCAUGGCGCACCAGGCCAGUUCUGCUUUAUCAUUUCUAAUACACGUAUUCACGUAAUUAUUCCUUUCUGAGUAGAUUUAGGCAAGCAAUUGUGUCUGCACCAUUAUACAACGUAUUUUUUAGAAUUGCGAUUUCUUCUCGCUGUGUAAGUGCGUAUCAUGGUUUAUUGGAUGUGAUAGUUUCAAAAUCAGGUCCCCUGGUUAACGUUUGUUGUCGCUACGACCAAUUACGCAUGAAAUAUGGAGAAUAGCUAGACUUCUUCGAUGAAAAUACAGCUAUAGUGCUAUUCAGUACUGUUCUCAAGUACGUUCAUAGCAACGGUCCAUAGCAUUUCUGAGAUUCUGAUGAUGGUAAUGGUGAUAAUGAAGGAAGACAGUAAUGCCAUAUGGACGACGACCUGUGAUUGACUGAUUUUUACAUGAUGUAUAUGCGGCAUCUGCCUCGCCCGUUAUGGACGAACCACCAGAAAUUGAAUUAGAUUAGGACGAUGGCGUGGUAAUGGUGAUGAUGAUGCGUGGGUGCGGGGGCAAAUAGCGAUAAACCAUCUGGUACUUUUCU